AUGGGUUCGAAAGUUGAGACUGUCCUGCAGUCUCUGACGCUGGAAGAGAAGAUAUCGCUUCUUGCUGGGAAGGACUUUUGGGAAACCGUGCCUGUACCUGAUAAGGGCGUUCCCGCUAUCAAGACUAGCGAUGGACCGAACGGUGCACGUGGCGAAGUGUUCACAGGAGGAACACGAGCUGCAUGUUUCCCUGCUGCAGUAUGUUCAGCCGCGACGUGGAACCCCGAAAAUGCAAAGCACAUAGGCCAUGCGUUGGCUGAAGAGACCAAGACGAAGAGUGCGCGAGUGCUACAUCCCCUCGGUGGCCGCAAUUUUGAAUCCUUCUCUGAAGACCCGUAUCUUGCUGGCAAGAUGGCCGCCAAUGUCGUCAGCGGGCUACAAGAGAACGGCAUCGCAGCGACCAUCAAGCACUUUGUAGCCAACGAGCAGGAGACUGAUCGCCUGAAGGUCAACGAGAUUGUGUCUGAGCGUGCGUUGAGAGAAAUCUACAUGAAGCCUUUCGAAAUCACCAUCAAGGAAGCGAAUCCCCUUGCUGUUAUGACAUCUUACAAUAAGGUCAACGGAACACAUGCAGAUUCAAACGAGUUCCUACUCAAGCAGGUCUUGCGUGGUGAAUGGGGGUGGGAAGGACUUGUCAUGAGCGACUGGGGUGGUACCAAUUCCACGGCCGACUCUCUGAACGCUGGAUUGGAUCUAGAAAUGCCGGGCCCGACGAGGUGGCGCAGUACCGAUGCUGUCCUUGAGGCUGUCAAGAAGGGCCAGGUCACCGAAGUCACCAUCACUGAGCGAGCGAGAAACGUCCUGAAUCUUAUCGAGAAGGUUGGCGCGUUCGAGAACCCGGAGAUUCCGCCUGAGCAGUCUAUCGUCGACCCGAAGCAUAGCAAACUCAUCCGGGAUGUUGCUGGACAGGGCAUUACUCUACUAAAGAAUGACGGCGUUCUGCCACUCAGGAAGGAUGAGGUCAAGGGCAAGACGAUCGGGCUGUUUGGACUGGCUAAAGAGGCUCUUAUUCAUGGUGGCGGAAGUGCUUCGUUGAACGCCCACUACCGCAUUACGCCCGAAGAAGGCCUCAAAGCCGCCUACGGAAACGACGUGGAGUUCAAGUUCGCCAAGGGAGCCGCCACGUAUCGACUCAUCCCUCCCCUAUCGAAAGGCUGCAAAGAUCUUGAGGGGAAUGACGGUUGGAAAAUGGAGCUCUUUAAUCAGGGCAACACCAGUAAACCGAUCAAGACAAAGCACGGCUAUAAAGAAGCGGCAUUUUCUCCACUGCUCGAACAGAGUGCCAAGGACAGCGAAGUCAGGUUUACCACCGUGUUCACUCCCGGCGAAUCUGGAUCUCACUAUCUCGGCUGCUCAGGCAUCGGCCCUACAGUCGUCCACGUAAACGGCGAGCUCGUCUACGAGCAAAAGCACAACUCACCAGAUGCCAUGGGCUUCCUCUUCGGCGGCAACCCCGAAAAAGAGUUCCGCGUCCCAUUCACCGCAGGCAAGCCCUGCGAAAUCCAGGUCCACUCCAAGCCGCCCGCCGGCGACUCAAAAGGAGACAUUCUCGCCGGUCUCCCCGGAUUUAGACUAGGCUUCAUGUACGCCUCCGAGCACGAUCUCGACAUGGCCGCCGAAGCCAAAGCCCUCGCAGAAGAAUGCGACAUAGCCAUCGUCUUCACAGGCCACACGCCCGUCUGGGAAACCGAAGGCCAAGACCAAGUCAGCUUCCACCUGCCCCGCGAAGGCUCCCAAGAUAAGCUCGUCGAAACAGUCGCAUCCGUGAACUCGCAAACCAUCGUCGUAAACUCGACCGGUGUAGCCGUCGCCCUGCCCUGGCUCGACAACGUCUCCGCACUCAUCCAAGCCUGGUUCCCGGGUCAAGCAGCCGGAAACGCCAUCGCUGAUAUCAUAUCUGGUGCCGUGAACCCUUCUGGCCAUUUACCCAUUUCAUGGCCUAAACGCAUCGAAGACGCGCCUGCGCAUGGCCAUUUCCCUGGUACGCGCGACGAAUCGGGGCAGCUUACUGUCAAGUAUGAAGAAGGUGUUUUUGUGGGCUACAGACACUACGAUCGUAUUCCUGCGGAUAAGAUUCAUUUCCCCUUUGGUUUCGGGUUGUCGUACACGACGUUCUUUUUUACCGAGGCGAGCGUGGAGCAGUCGUCGCCUGGACGCUUUUCUACGAGCGUCGUGGUCAAUAACACGGGAAGUGUUGCUGGGGCUACGGUGGUGCAGUUGUAUGUGGGUAGGAAGGAGAUGGCCGCAGAGCAUCCCGUGAAGACUCUUGUCGCUUUUCAGAAAGUGGCUCUUGAUGCUGGUGCGCAGGAGACUGUGCGGUUGGAGGUCAAGAAUAAGGACUUUGCUUACUUUGAUGAGGGGAGGGGGAAGUGGGCGGUGGAUCGGGGGCAGUAUGAGUUUUUGUUUGGACACAGCGCCGGGGAGAUUGAGGGCGUUGUGACGGUGGAUGUUGAGGGCGUGAGGGAGUUGAAGUUAUAG